ACAAUGGAGGAAUUACUGCAUUACAUAAACCCAGCACAUGCCAUUUCUCUCCUGAGUGCUCUCAACAAGGAGCGCCUCAAAGGACAGCUCUGUGAUGUGCUUCUGAUGGUUGGAGACCAGAUGUUUCGAGCUCAUAAAAACGUCUUGGCUGCCAGCAGUGAAUACUUCCAGAGUUUAUUCACAAAUAAGGAGAACGAGUCACAAACUGUAUUUCAGCUCGACUUCUGUGAACCCGAUGCUUUUGACAGCGUUUUGAACUACAUCUAUUCUUCGUCUCUGUUUGUUGAGAAGAGCAGCCUGGCUGCAGUGCAAGAACUUGGCUAUAGUUUGGGGAUUUCCUUCCUGACUAACAUUGUUUCUAAAAUGCCUCAAGCCCCCUUCCUGACGUGUCCCAGUAGAAAAAAAGUUUUCCUAGAAGAUGAUGAGAACAGCUCCCAAAAGAGAAGUGUCAUUGUCUGUCAGAGUAGAAAUGAAGCACAAGGGAAAACUGUUAGUCAGAACCCACCCAAUGUAAGCCAUACUUCCUGGCCCCCAGCCAGCAUUGCCACCAAGACCAGUUCCAGUAAGCCUCAUGUCCCCAGACCGACUGACCCUCUUCAUAGUCUGUCACUCAGCGAAAAGAGUUGGCCACGAGAUAGUUCUGUGGGAUACACAAAGCCUCUUGAGUGUUCUGGCUCUUUGGAUGAUCCCAGUAGAAUCGAUUUAGCCAAAAGGAAUACGGGAUUGCCUUCAAAGUCGCUCCCAGAGAGAGCAGCUGCUGAUGACCCAUCAGGUGUGAGUGGUCAGCUUCCAAAAGGAAAGGCCCUGGAGCUGGUUUUGAAAAAAGCACGGCCGCCUGUUUUGUCUUUGUGCAGCUCGUUGGAGGUCCCCUAUCUCUUGAAGGAGACUCCCACAGGAGGAGGACAAACUGAAGACAGAAACCUAUUGUACUACUCAAAAUUGGGGCUGGUGAUCCCCUCCGGCGAGCCUGGUUCUGGAAAGCAGAGCAUUGACAGAAGUGGCCCGCUGGUCAAGAGUCUCCUCAGACGGUCAUUGUCGAUGGAUAGCCAGGUUCCUAUGUAUUCACCCUCGAUAGAUUUGACAUGUCCCCAGGGAUCCUCUUCCAUGUCUAACGCUGUGCCAGGGAAUGUGCUUUGUGUUUUAGCUCAAAAUUCAUCUUUAAAAGAUGGUAGUGAGAGCACAGCCCUGGACAACAGGACUCCAAUCCUCUCGCCACAUCGCCUUAGGUCCUUCAGUGCUUCUCAGUCCACUGACAGGGAGGCCCCCUCGCCACCGGUCACGGAGGUCCGCAUAAAGUCGGAGCCCAGCAGCCCACUCCCAGACCCUUCAGACAUCAUCAGAGUCACCGUGGGGGAUGCAGCAACAACACCGGCAGCAGCCCCAGGGUCAGCAGUCACAAGGGACUUUUCUCUGAAAACAGAGGAGGAUCCAAAGGAAAUGAGCAGACUCCCAGCCAAGAGGAGGUUCCAGGCGGACAGAAGGUUGCCCUUCAAGAAGCUAAAGGUUAAUGAGCACGGCUCUGUGCUGGAAGAGAACUGUGAGGAAGGCUUGAGUCCGAGUCUCCUGGAGGCGGACUUUCCAGAUUCUGACAUGAAUAAAGAUGAAUUUGGUGAGUUGGAGGGAAGGAGACCCAACAAAGAAUUUAAAUGCAAACAUUGCCUUAAGAUCUUUAAAUCAACAGCAGGUCUUCACCGUCACAUUAACAUUUACCAUAACCCUGAAAAGCCCUAUGCUUGUGACAUUUGUUACAAGAGAUUUCACACAAACUUUAAAGUGUGGACACACUGUCAGACUCAGCAUGGCAUAGUGAAGAUCCCGUCCCCAGCCUCUAGUUCACAUGCUGUUUUGGAUAAAGAAGUAAACCAUGUGAUCUCAGCAAAAGAGGAUAAUAUGUUUAUCAGUUCUUCCAGACAAAUUAACUUUGAUUCUGAAGACUCUUUUAGCAUCUCUGAAGACCUCAGUCUUUUUAAGAAUCUGAAAAGCCAAGUGAAAGAGGAGCCCACUGAAGAGGCAGAGGCAGAGGUGAUGGAGACCAGCAUCAGCAUCGCUCCCAAAGAAGCAGGGACCAGCAAAGACACUGUUUUGUGGCCUUGUAAGAAGUGUGGGAAAACUUUCACAGUACACAAGCAGUUGGCGAGUCACCAGGAGCUCUUGUGUUCUGUGAAACCAUUCAUCUGUCAGGUUUGCAACAAAGCUUUUAGCACAAGCUUCCGCCUCUGCAGUCACUUCCAGUGUCACAAUAGCGUUAGUGCUUCUCAGUCCACUGACAGGGAGGCCCCCUCGCCACCCGUCACGGAGGUCCGCAUAAAGACGGAGCCCAGCAGCCCACUCCCAGACCCUUCAGACAUCAUCAGAGUCACCGUGGGGGAUGUAGCAGCAACACCGGCAGCAGCCCGAGGGUCAGCAGUCACAAGGGACUUUUCUCUGAAAACAGAGGAGGAUCCAAAGGAAAUGAGCAGAUUCCCAGCCAAGAGGAGGUUCCAGGCGGACAGAAGGUUGCCCUUCAAGAAGCUAAAGGUUAAUGAGCACGGCUCUGUGCUGGAAGAGAACUGUGAGGAAGGCUUGAGUCCUAGUCUCCUGGAGGCGGACUUUCCAGAUUCUGACAUGAAUAAAGAUGAAUUUGGCAAGAUGCUGGACUCAGUGCGCACAGGACCUGCUGCCGAUAGUGAGUUCAGGGGCUUCACUGGGGGCGGGGGGGUCUGCGACCCUGGACACACCCUGGCAUUGCUGGCCACUCUGCCCAACAGCAUUCUCUCCCUGUGA